AUGGCGCAAAACAACGGGUUCUUGUGCAAUGUGGCGAGCUACAGCACGAUGGUAUGGUACGACACCGCCGCGGCGUCUAACACGGUCACGAUGGAGUUCAUGACGCCGAUAAACCACGCCACGAACGGCAUGCUUCUUUGCUCCACCGCGACCGGGCAUUCGUGGACGCGCGCAGCCGGGGGGACGACUGACUUCGGCGUGACGUCGCUGAAAUCCGGCGGCGACCAGCUCGCGACCGCGGCGACGACGUCGACGUCCAACUCAGACGCGAACGCGGCGGUGUGGAACCACCGAGCCGUCGAAGUCGGCGUCGCCGCGGACGUCCUCGGCACGGACUCGUACUACGCGUCGUCGUACAGCCGCGCGAGGUACGACGACAUCACCCUCGACGCGGUCGGGACGUCCACGACCGGGCUGUUCCAAGACCCGGUGUGGACGACGACGGAGGACGCGCGUCUGACCGCGUCGAGCGCGGUGAUCACGAACAUCGACGCAGCGUCCACCUCGAGCGCGAAGGUUGCCCAGAUGCAGACGCUCGCGGAGUUGAACCGCGCGAACGGUAACUGCGCGCUCCUGACCGGGUCGUGGACGGCGAACACGCGGUACGAGCUGGUGUUCACGGUCCCGAACCCGACGCAGGCGAGCGGGGCGACGAAUUUAGGGUGGUGGAUGGCGCCGAUAUCGUACGCCAAAGAGGCGACCACGGAGGCUGACGGCGCCGGCGGCUCGAUCGCGACGUCGAGAAUCACGUACACCGUCCACGGGCACAAGCACGGGAGCGUGUGCACGACGCGGUACACGGUGGCGACGGCGUUGGGGACGGUAGAACCGACACCCAGCGGCGCGGGGACGACGAUAACGGACUGCACGGCGGCGCCGUACUCCGCUUCGACGCACGCGUUCGGGAGCACGUUCGUCACCACGGGCGCGUGCGUCGCGUGCACGGGCGUCGGCGGCACGCUCGGCGCGGGGGCCCCCGCGACGGCGUGCACGUGUCCUUCGACGAAGACGACGCUCGUGGCGGGUCCGAACGCGUGCGGGAACAACUGGAGCCCGUUGGGGACGGCAACCUCCGUCGCGACGCUCGCGGCGGAGCUGUGCACGUCGUUCACGGCGAUAAAAACCGCGCUCGCGAACGGUCCCGCGUCGGCGGCGACCACGGGCGUCGGCGGCGGCGCCUCCGCGGGCGCGCACGCGGUCGCGAAUGCGCACCUGGACGCGUUCAUCGACGCCGCGGGGCCGCUCGCGGACAGGCAGGACGUCAUCGCCGCGAACGUGACGUACCGAGCGAGCAUGAUGUACGACGAACGCGCGUCGAACGACCCUUCGCGGAAACGCGGGUUGUGGCCAAACUGCGCGAGCGGGUGCGACGAUUACGGACGAUACACGGACGCGUCCGGGAACACGGGGACGACCGCGGAGGUGAUCGACGUGCAGUUCGACGCGGUGCACGCGCUGAGGCUGAUUGGGUACGUGCUGAAUUUGAAAGGGUACUCGUGCACGGCGCUGUACGACUCGACGCAGACGGAGCCGAGCAUCUACGGGUCGUACGACGCGGAGCCGCUGUGCGACGCGUCCGUGCCGUCGUGA